AUGGCGUUUAACGGUCCAUAUUUCAUUAAUGUCUAUUGUUCGAGCAAAUUUGUUGUGAAGAAUGGGAUUGUGAAUACUUUUAACAACAUACCGAGCGAUUUGUUUGUGAUUGAUCAUAAGGUAUUGUACAAUGAUUUGGUUGGAUUGAUUUGUGAAAGAGCUGGGUGGAAUAGAGAGAAUGUGAAUUUGAGUCUAUCGAUUUUGUAUGAUACGAUGGGCAAUGGUUUUAGGCGUAUCGCCAAAAUCAAGGACGACGCAUCGUUGCAAGUGUUGUAUAUCCUCCCAAAUUCGACAUAUAUUGAUUUGUAUGUGGAUUUGGAGGUGGCGGGUACUUCUAGGUCCCAUUUGGAAGUAGGGACAAGUAGUGGUAGGCUGAAUGUGGAAAAUGUAGAUUACAUGGAAGAUGAUGAUGUGGGUGGACCGUUUAUGGAGGAUGGCGAUCACAUGGAAGAUAAUCACGGUGAAGAUGAUGAGGACUACACAUCGAUUAGUGAUCAAAGCGAUAAAAACCAAUCAAUAUCCGAAGGAAGUCGGGAGAGUGAUGAAGAGGUCGAAGACAAAUUCGCCACAAAGGACAGGCACAUAUAUCGUUCACAGGGUACAUGGGAUUAUACAAAAGUGGACAAGGAUGAAUUUCAAAUUACCAUGUGGGAUGGGACAACCGUAACAAUCGGGAUAUGGACUUGUUUCAAGAAUAAGGAAGAAGCAAAAAAUGGUAUUAUAGCGCAGAACAUAGAGCAAAAGAGAGAGUUUUAUGUGAAGGAAAGUGAUGGUUCAACAUGCGACAUAUAUCAUCUCGUUGAUGCGGCCUUACGGGAAAAUCUAGGGCUCGGUGGUAGUCUAGAGGAUAAACUCUUCCAAAUCUUCGACAAGAGUUUCAGUGCUCUGACUUUGGGCCCACGUGAUAUGAGCACUCAGCCUGAUACUCAGGUUCUUCAUAAAAGACCCCCAAAGUCAAGUCAACAUGUGGUGCUCACGCAGAAAACAACAUCGAAGCCUACUGGAGGAGGAAGGAGGAAGCGACCGGAAAUUUCAGAUCGAACAAUCAUAGUUCACCCCAAUCCAACUCCGAUGCAAGAAGAUGAUGAAGGCACUGAAAACGAUGAGGAUUACUACAUUAGGGGAGAAGAAGAAGAAGAAGAAGAAGAAGAAGAAGAAGAAGAAGAAGAAGAAGAAGAAGAAGAAGAAGAGUGCUCUCCACCUCGUGUUUCUUCCCAAAAGAAAAAGAAAACGGUCGAGGUUCGCAAGAGUGAUAGGGAGGAAGAAAUGGUGAGCGUGAAGGUGAAGAUUUACAGCGUUCUCAGCAAAUUCUACCUGAAACGGCGUUUGCAAACCCUAAUCGAGAAUCCCACAUCCGAAGAUUUCAAUUCGUACGGCGUCGUUUCCCGGCCGGAGGAGGAGAGCGUCGCCCCCGCGAUUCCGAGCUUCUCCAAUGCAGAUGGGGUAGCCACCAAGGAUCUCCAUAUCGAUACGUUAACGUCUCUUUCCGUAAGGAUAUUUCUUCCUGAUUCGGCCGUUGUUACUCCCAAUUCGAUCCCCAAGCUUAGGGCUAGGGGUUCGAGGAAAAAUAUGAUUGUUAAUAAUAGAAAUAAGAAUACGGGGGAUGGAGGUUAUGGGGGGUACUUGCCGGAUAAGAAUGAAAGGAACUGUAGGAAAUUGCCGGUAAUUUUACAGUUUCAUGGAGGUGGUUGGGUGAGUGGAGGGAGCGAUACGGUGGCGAAUGAUGCGUUUUGCAGGAGGAUGGCAAAGUUGUGUGAUGCUGUGGUGGUGGCGGUGGGGUACAGGUUAGCACCGGAGAGUAGGUAUCCGGCUGCUUUUGAGGAUGGGGUGAAGGUUUUGAAUUGGUUAGCCAAGCAGGCGAAUCUGGCUGAGUGUAGUCGUCAGUCCUCUGGAGUGAAAAAUGGGAGAUUUGGGGGUGGUGGUGGUGAUUGGGAAAGGAAUGGCGGGAGGAGGCAGAUUGUUGAUGGGUUCGGGACUAUGAUGGUUGAACCUUGGCUGGCAGCUCAUGCUGAUCCUUCUAGAUGUGUCCUCCUUGGAGUUAGUUGUGGUUCUAAUAUUGCAAACUAUGUCGCACAAAAAGCUGUUGAGGCCGGCAAACUUUUGGAUCCUGUAGGAGUGGUUGCACAGAUUCUUAUGUACCCCUUUUUCAUUGGUAGCACUCCUACGCAGUCGGAGAUUAAGCUGGCAAAUUCUUACCUGUAUGACAAAGCCAUGUCCAUUCUUUCUUGGAAACUCUUCCUACCACUUGAUGGAUUUAAUCUUGACCAUCCAGCCGCCAACCCUCUUGCUCCCACCGGGAGAGAACUACCCUUGAGGCUCAUGCCUCCAACACUCACUGUUGUUGCAGAACAUGACUGGAUGAGAGACAGGGCCAUUGCAUACUCUCAAGAACUCCGAAAGGUCAAUGUCGAUGCUCCUGUUCUUGAUUACAAGGAUGCUGUUCACGAGUUUGCGACCCUUGACAUGCUCCUCAACACACCUGAAGCCGGGGCCUGUUCUGAGGAUAUCUCUAUAUGGGUCAAAAAGUAUAUAUCAAUGCGAGGACAUGAGUUUUCUUAUUGA